CUUGUAAAGGCAUCAUCAUAGGCACUGACUGCAUUGUCAGGGUAUCCACACGGUCUUCCUUGCACAAGGCGGCGAUAUUUCUGGACAAAGUUAAAUCCACCGAAGAAAAUACUGAAAGGGCGUCGUUUUCAAAGCGCGUCGUUUUUUUCGAACAACAGCUGUGUUGUUGUCUUGGUACUGAAAAUACAACAGUAACUAGCUAACUGUUUCAGUCAAUACUUGUGCGGCAAAAUAGACGUAGCUAACGUCAUGCAUUUAUUAUAAGAAGCUCACACUGUACAGGAAAUGGAACAGCUGGAUUUCUCAGAAGAUGAAAUACAACACCAAUUGGAGGCACUUGGUUACAACAACAUACCAAGACACAGACUACAUGAAUUCAAAAGAGAUCUAGAUGAACUGAUCCGACAUGAAAAAUCUAAGAGCCACUCGUCCAGUGAAUUGAACUCGACAAGAUCUCAAAGCACCAUCUUCAAAAGUCCUCCUGCAGUCACCAAGGUUAAAGUUCAUCAGGAUAACACCGCAGCCUUCAGAAAUGUGUUUGCGCAGGCUGGUCCGUCACACCAUGAAAGACGGGUGCUAACCUCCACAUACAGCAGAGACAACAGUAACUAUGGUGCCAGACAGGAGUAUGACUCCUACACUCAGCACUCUGUUGCCCCCAAAUACCAGCGCCCCUCAACAGCCCCUAAUAGGCUGGAAGUGGAUCCAGACCUAACUGACCUCCAGCAGUUAUCGUUCACUGUCAGUCAGUCAUCCACACCAGACCGAGACACAGGAGCGCAUGGGAGACCCUUUAUUAAGAGGAAAGUCCUUAGGAAACAUCAAGGCCAAGUUCACGUCUGCGAUGAAUCAACACAUAGUGAAGAUUCAGGUGCAGUGAGUGGGCUGGGGGAGCGUCUGGGAGCGAUUCAUGUGUCCAUGUCCACCCACCAGGAGUCGGAGCUGGAGAGUGAGGAUGCAGGCAGUCUGAGUGACAGGUCUGAAUCAGACUGUCUCCCAAGUGCCUUCAAAGCCUACAGAGGCAUGGCCAGAUCUCAGAGCGAUAGUGACAUCAGACCCCGGCCCAAGUCGUUUAUCCGCCCAGUGAUGGAUCACCCUCACACCAGAAGCCUGAAGAAGACCGACCCAGUGGCAAAGUAUUUCCAGUACAAGCAGGACUGGGAAAUGUUCAAGGCACCAGGAGAGAAGGAUAGGAAAGCACUGCACUGGGAAAUCAGGGAACAGCUCAGGUACCAACCUCUACCACCGAAGCCUCGAAGAGUAUUUGUGCCCAACACCUACGUGGUGCCUACAGAGAAGAAACGCUCCGCCCUGAGAUGGGAAAUACGACAUGACUUGGCCAAUGGACUCCUACCGCCAAACAACUAUCGACUCUAGGCAUCAUGUACCUUACGCCUUAAAUAGGCUCUCUUUUAAUCACCAGUUUGCAUAUAUUUUAUCAGUAACAUUAAUUUAUUCACAAGUUUUUAUUGAACAUAUUAAAAUGCACGACAAACAUUUG